AUGUUUUCCCGCUCUGCCUUCGCUGUUGCCGUUGUCGCCGCCGUUGCCUUCAUUGGCGGAGCAUCCGCGCAGGAGCCCAACUGUGCGCGUAGCUACACAGUCGUGCCCGGGGAUACCUGCAACCUCAUCGGGGCGAAGACGAACACGCCCACCUUCCAGAUCCAGAGGGUAAACGCGGACAAGAUCGACGCUGGGUGCGAAAACUUGAUUGUCGGCGAGCCGUUGUGCCUCGGUAUCGUUGGCCAGGACUGCGACAUUACCCACGUCGUGCAGCCCGGUGACACCUGCGACAUCAUUGCGCAAGAAGCAAAGACGACGCUGCCGAUCCUCCUGGUGAACAACCCUGACAUCAACACCUUCUGCACCAACCUCCUUCCUGGAGUGGUCCUUUGCACGGCCAACGAAAUCAUCUGA